UAUUACUUAAAGGAAUCGUAAAAUUUACAGUACUUUGGUGGCCGUGAAAGAGCUUCCCAGAACAACAAUUAAAUAGCUGUUGUGGCAACCGAUUGUUCACCUUAUCGUUAAGAUGAGCAUGCUUUGAGCAAUCUUCCUUGAUCGCGGAGUUGUUAAUGUAAAACGAACGAUGUCGUCUGAUGCCUUGAACGGGAUGGAAGUAACUGCUGAUAAGGAGCAGUAUGGGAACAAGAAUUCAAUUGGAGAUAGAUUGUGGAGAAGUGCUGAAAUGGAGAAUCUACAUGUUAAUGAUGACCACAAUGCAUUUGUAAUGCCUGGCUUGAAUUAUCCACAACCAUACAACUCCAACGACAAUGGUUUGCCGCAAGAACAACAGUCGUCAAGGGAAUGGGUCUUGGAGUGGAACAGAAAGAGUGACACCAGUGAGGUUGAGCAAUAUCUUCAACAGAUCCAGAGGUCACACAGUUCAUCAGCCCCCGAAACAAACUCAGAUUCACCGUCAGGGAGUUUUGCUCGCAGUAGUUCAUUGCCAAGAACUGCAGGUCUGGACGAGGAACAGAUGGAAAGUGAGCCAUUCCAAAUCCAGAAUUUGUCAUAUUCAUCAAACGAGAAAUUCAUGGAACUGAGGCAGACCAGCGGUGAAGUGACAUCAGACGAAGGGAUUGAAGAUGGUGGUAGAGGAAGAGAAGAAGUCUAUGCACAAGAUGACAUGAUGGCAGAUGUAAUAUCAGAUGAGGAUGAAAGCUACAUGUAUACCAACUUUCUCAAGACCAGAACUUGUUAUGAUAUCAUGCCGAAAAGCUCCAAGAUUGUCGUGUUUGAUACCAAGCUAAGGGUCAAGAAAGCAUUUUUUGGACUGGUUGCUAAUGGUGUUAGAUCUGCCCCUCUCUGGGACAGUGAAAAGCAUACCUUUGUUGGAAUGCUCACUAUUUCAGAUUUUAUCAACAUUCUUCGCCACUAUUACAAGUCACCAUUGGUCCAGAUAGAUGAAUUAGAGGAAUAUAAUAUUCAAGCUUUUCGAGACUAUGAUGAAUCCAACUUGAGGCCUGAGCUGAUUCAAAUAUCCCCAAUGCAGAGUCUCCUUGAUGCUGUUAAGACAUUGGUGGAGUUUAAAAUCCAUCGGCUCCCUGUAAUUGACCCUGUAACUGGAAACGCUCUCUAUAUCCUGACCCACAAGAGAAUCCUGCGAUUCAUGUUUUCAUCGUUGACACAAACCAGUCCACCAGAGUUUAUGAACAACACACUAAAAGAACUUGGAAUUGGAACAUACCACGAUGUAGCUGUGGGGUUGUAGUUGAUAUUUAUGCAAGAUUUGAUGUUAUUAAUUUGGCUGCGGAGAAGACAUACAAUAACCUGGAUAUUACUGUAAAGAAGGCACUCGAACAUAGAGCAGAUGGAUUUGAAGGAGUCCACACAUGUUGCUUGGAUGAAACACUACACACCAUAAUUGACAGAUUAACUGAUGCAGGGGUUCAUCGUCUUGUAAUUGUUGAUAAAGAACGCCACUGCAUUGGGGUGUUAUCCCUGUCAGACAUUCUAAAGUUUUUGGUGUUGAGACCUUUGCAGGGAACAUCAAUCAGUAAUCAUCCCCCAGGGCCUAUGGAAUAAUCAGCAUGGUGCUGAUUAAAAUUAAAAAUACAACAGUUAUCAUUGUUGCAGAGGAGUUGGAGAGAUGAAUCUGUUGGGAAUGAUAGUGAGUGAGCAAAAAGCUAUCAGGUGACCCAGAGUUGAUCAAGUCUUCUAAAAAGGAAAGUGAGAUGUUUUAGCGUUAUGAACCUUUCUGGUACACUUACUUGACUUUGGUUGAUCCAUAUACUUAACUUGAGAAGUGUAAUCUACAUCCAUUGCUCCUCAAUAGUGGAGGAAAGAGAGAGCUAUUAUGUAGAUGGCAAAAAUGGAAAUGGGUCUUGAGGAGAUGGAAUCUUGAAGUUUGGAAAUUGGCCAAGUUAAAAGAAUGUUUUACUAUUAGCAAACUGUUUUGACUUUUGUUUGAGGAUAAGGUAUUAUGUAUAUUAAUUAAGAAGGGUCAAGAGAGGUUAUCUCUACUUUAAUAAGCAUCCAAGUUGUCUCUGUAUAACAACGUCUCAGAGGGCUUAGGCAAUAAAACUUCAAGGAAUUCUGACAGAUAA